UAUGAGGACUUUUACCCCGACUGUGAGUAGUGAGCACACACACGCAGAUAGACACACACGCUCUCCUAACACUGAAGCAACAUGUUCUCCUCAAAGUCUUCCCAAAACCCGCCGUCCUCCGGUACCGGAGAGCAGUUCUGCAUGGCUGAUUGUAGCUCUAAACCGGAAUGCACCUGCGACUUUUUCUGCGGAAAAACACCCUGUGCGUCAGAACUGAAGAGGAACAGUCCUGACCUUAAAGGCUUCGAUAACUUGGCCUACGAGUAUGAUAGCCAGAGGGAACUCCACUCACCACCUAAACCUGGAUGUAGAGCCACUUUUAAAUUGCUGGGACUUACUUUAGAGCACCGAGUCGUGGAAACCACAGCCAGCCAACUGAACGGAGUCCUCGCUGUCAUCUUGUCUGGACCGGACAAUUUAUUGCAGGUGGACUAUGAUGCAUCAAUCACCAGCACUGAAGAGAUCGCUCUGCAGCUGCAGACUCUUGGAUGCAUUAUGGAAGCAGCAGUUCAGAUCAAGGUGGAUGGUAUGCGCUGCCAGUCCUGUGUUCAGUCCAUUAAGGGAUCCAUCGGUGGUUUAUCAGGGGUUUUGCACAUCCAAGUGUCUCUUCAGGAUAGUAGAGCUGUGAUUGUAUAUCAUCCGGUUCUGAUCACUCAACAAGGGCUGAGGAACAAGAUUCAGGACCUGGGGUUUGAGGCAACUUUAAUGCCUGAGGUCCAGUCUGGUGGAGGUUUGGUCUACUGGCAGAAGGACUUGUUAGAUAUUCCUAUUCAUACUGUAACAAUUUGGAUUGGAGGGAUGACUUGUAUUUCAUGUGUGCGGUCCAUAGAAAGCAGGGUUUCUCAGAUAACUGGAGUGAAGUUUGUAACGGUGUCACUGGAGGAAGCCAAGGGAACAAUAACCUUUGACCCAAGUCUGAUGAAACCAGAACAUCUGAGAACAACCAUAGAGGAACUGGGCUUUGAUGCCUCAUUUGGAGAGCCUUUGGAGAGCAUCCAAACUCGUGAAAACCCAAACCUUGCUAACCUGCAGUCAUCUAGCAGAGCUGCAGUCAGCAAUGGUUCUGGAAGCUGUAAGGCCGACUCUCCUGAAAUCAAAGUACAGAAAUGCUUUGUCUGCGUGACGGGAAUGACCUGCUCCUCCUGCGUGGCCAACAUUGAGCUACACAUGCUCAAACACAAGGGAAUCAUCUCGGUGCUGGUAUCACUGAUGGCUGGAAAAGCUGAGGUGAAGUACAACCCAGAGGUCCUGAAUGCCACCACCAUAACUCAGCUCAUCCAGGAUUUAGGCUUCGGUGCCAAACUGAUAGAAGACAAUGCAGUGAGUCACGGUAAACUGGACCUUCACGUAUCAGGAAUGAUGUAUGCAUCAUGUGUGCACAACAUUGAGUCCAAACUCACCACAACCAAAGGAAUCCUGUCAGCCUCUGUGGCCCUGGCAACCAAAAAAGCCAGCAUCCACUUUGAUCCAGAGAUUGUUGGAGUUCGAGACAUCAUCAAAAUCAUUCAGAGUCUUGGAUUUGAAGCUAAUCUGGAAAAAGGCGGUUUCAAAAACAACCUUGAUCACACAGAAGAAAUUCAACAGUGGAAGAACUCUUUCCUGCUCAGCCUUGUUUUCGGCCUUCCUGUCAUGGGCCUCAUGAUCUACAUGAUGGUGAUGGACAGCCAGCACAAGGAACAUGGGGGCUCCAUGCCAGAGGAGCAGAAUGUCUUGCCUGGUCUCUCCCUCCUUAACCUGGCUUUUUUCCUGCUCUGCACACCUGUGCAGAUCUUUGGGGGCCGGUACUUUUACAUUCAGGCAUAUCUCUCAUUAAAACACCACAUAGCCAACAUGGAUGUGCUGAUCGUGCUGGCCACCUCCAUUGCCUACAUCUACUCCUGCACGGUUCUCAUCGUUGCUAUGGUCGAAAGAGCCAGCCAGAGUCCUGUCACCUUUUUUGACACCCCUCCAAUGCUUUUUGUUUUUAUUGCUCUAGGACGAUGGCUGGAACAUGUUGCGAAGAGUAAAACCUCUGAAGCAUUGGCCAAAUUAAUGUCUUUACAGGCCAUUGAUGCCACUGUGGUCACGUUGGGACCUGACCACUUCAUCAUUAGUGAAGAGCAGGUGGUGGUUGAGCUGGUCCAGCGAGGUGACAUUGUCAAGGUCGGCCCAGGAGGGAAGUUUCCAGUCGAUGGAAAAGUUAUUGAGGGAAGCUCUAUGGCUGACGAGUCCCUAAUUACAGGUGAACCGAUGCCGGUGAGUAAGAAGGUGGGCAGUCUGGUGAUUGCUGGGUCCAUUAACGCCCACGGAGCUCUGCUGGUGGAGGCCACUCACGUUGGUGCUGAAACAACUUUGUCUCAGAUUGUUAAGCUGGUGGAAGAAGCACAAACAUCAAAGGCUCCUAUCCAGCAGUUUGCAGACAGACUCAGUGGUUACUUUGUCCCCUUCAUCGUUUUUGUUUCUCUGCUGACGCUAGUGGCCUGGCUGGCUGUCGGGUUUGUUGACUUUGAUGUCGUGAAGAAGAACUUCCCAGGUUACAACCAGAACAUCUCCAAGGCUGAGGUCAUCGUACGCUUUGCCUUCCAGGCGUCCAUUACCGUUCUGUCCAUCGCCUGCCCCUGCUCUCUGGGGCUGGCGACCCCAACAGCUGUGAUGGUGGGCACGGGGGUGGGAGCUCAGAACGGGAUUCUAAUUAAAGGAGGGGAGCCUCUGGAGAUGGCACACAAGGCAAAAACACCACAUCAUCCUUUACAUCUAAUCAAUAUAAUAAUCAAUGUCGUGAUGUUUGAUAAAACCGGCACGAUUACAAACGGCGCGCCACAGGUGACCCGUGUGCUGGUUUUAUGGGAAAUGGCCCGAAUGCCCUUGAGAAUGAUCCUGGCACUGGUGGGCACCGCAGAGGCCAGCAGUGAGCACCCGUUGGGCAUGGCGGUCGCCAAAUACUGCAAAGAUGAGCUGGACUCUGAUGUUCUGGGAUACUGCCGGGACUUCCAGGCUGUUCCUGGCUGUGGGAUCAGCUGCUGGGUGUCAAACGUGGAGCAUCUGUUGCAUCAGAGUGAGGAACAUUUCUUUCUGGCAGGAGCAACAACAGAUGAAAGCAGCCUGCUCGCUACAGGAGAGCAAACACCUACAGCUGAGGGAACAUCUUACUCCGUCCUGAUUGGAAACAGGGAGUGGAUGAGGAGGAACGGCCAUCACAUCAAAGCAGACGUUGAUGCCGCUAUGUCGAGCCAUGAAAUAAAAGGACAAACAGCCAUCCUCGUGGCCAUUAAUGGUGUUUUGUGUGCCAUGUUAGCCAUUGCAGACACAGUGAAAGCAGAAUCGGCGCUAGCUGUGCACACACUCAACAGCAUGGGUAUCGAGGUGGUCAUGAUUACCGGAGACAACAAACGCACAGCCAAAGCCAUCGCUGCACAGGUUGGGAUCAGGAAGGUGUUUGCUGAAGUUCUGCCAUCUCAUAAAGUAGCAAAGGUCCAGGAGCUGCAGGAGCGAGGCCUUCGAGUGGCCAUGGUGGGAGACGGCGUCAAUGAUUCCCCCGCCCUGGCUUGCGCUGAUGUGGGCGUCGCCAUCGGAACUGGCACCGACGUGGCCAUCGAAGCUGCUGACAUCGUCCUGAUCCGGAAUGACCUUCUGGAUGUGGUGGCCAGCAUCGAGCUGUCAAAGAAAACUGUUCACAGGAUCAGGAUCAACUUUAUAUUUGCUUUGAUCUACAACCUGCUGGGAAUUCCAGUAGCUGCAGGUGUCUUCAUGCCUGCAGGCCUUGUCCUGCAGCCUUGGAUGGGUUCUGCUGCAAUGGCCGCCUCGUCUGUGUCCGUGGUUCUGUCCUCUUUGCUGCUCAGGAUGUAUCAAAAGACAUCAGUCGAGCUGUAUGAGUCCCGUGCAAGAGGCCAAAUGAGGAGCCUUCGUUCGUCUCAAAUCAGUGCAUAUCAGGGUCUGGGCAGCCAGCGGCACAGCCCAGCUGUCCUUAAGGUGGCUCGGGACCAGGUGGGUCAGAACCCCGAGGCACCACCAGGCACAGGAUCGUCCGUUAACCCUGGCCAGGAGCAGAAUCACCACUCGCUGCAGGACUACCACGUUGCGUCAGACCUUAAUGUGUUGUAAAGGAGAACAUUGUUUUUUUUUUUUUUACCUACUUCUUGUUGUUUAUAAAUUCAAUAAUGUCCUUGUUUUAGAAUUUUUUUUAAUGUAUUUUUGUAAAUUGUUUAAUUCUGCUCGUAUGUUUAAAUAAACAUUUUAUUUUGGAGAAGACAGAA